AUGGAGUUUAUAUUUUCUCUUUCACGCUUAGUGUUCAACUUGGGCAGUUUAUUUGGACAGAAUCCCGGCAGCAAUGGGUAUGGUACCGGCUACGGAUAUGGUAACGGUAACAACUACUAUCCCAGCAGCUACAGACCAAGCACCUAUUAUCCAUACAAGAAUAAUUACUAUCCCACCGGCACAUAUCCAAGUAACAACUAUCCCGGUAAUUAUUACCCCGUCAACAGCGGAUGGAGUGGCAGCAAUUACCCGAACUAUGCAACCAAUGGUGGCUAUUAUCCAAGCACUGGCGGCUAUGGCUAUAAUUAUGGUAGUACCGGCACGGGUUACUCUCCCAGCACUGGCACCGGUUACUAUCCCAACACCGGCACCGGUUACUACCCCAACACCGGCACUAAUAUACUAGGAGGAAAUGGCGGCUAUGGUGGUUAUGGAGGUAAUGGCGGCUUAAACCAAUACUAUGGUUAUGGGAAUCCACUCUAUGCUGGUCAACGCAAUCGCGGCUAUGGCUAUUAUGCCGAUACCGAUCGUUAUGGCUUGCCACGCUAUGAUGGCGGCUACAAUGAUCGGCCAUAUGUGGGGCGUGGCGCUUAUGGUUCAUACCGUGGGUACGAUUGAUGUUGACCAAGCGAAAUGAGAAGUUAAGCUUUUGUGUUUUUUUUGCAAUGUUAUUGUUGCUUUGCUGUUGAUAUCGCUUAAUUGUAAUAAACUUUCUUACUCUAUGUAAAUAAGAUUAAGUAUGUGUACAUAAAUAUCGUCAACCGUAUGCCAGAAACAUGAAUGUGUAAAUAUGUAAAUUUUGGUAAAACAAGUUUGAAAGUUUUUUUUUGUUACGAGACUUAUGUACAUCCAAAGGUUAAUAAACUCAAUCCAAUAACUCAAAAUUCUGGCAUAAGGAUGGCAAUAUAUUUACAUAUUUCGUUGUGCUGGU